CAAGUUCCUUUGGAGGAAGAUGCUUUUCUAAUGACUUCUCAACGCUUUCAAACUCCCCAGCCAUUUUACCUCCGUAGAUUGCAGUUGCAGAUUGACCUUGCCCUUGUAGACAAUAUCAAGAGAAGGUGUUGUAUGUAAAUCAAUGAAUCCAGCAGGUAGAAAGGUGUCUGAAGUUGCUGAGCAGCUCCUAACAGAAGUCAAUUCAGUCUACAGCAAAACAGGAAAGUUGAGUGAUGAACUGUUGUCUGUGUUGAAUUUUGUUUUCCAAGCACCUUUACUUCCAGCCCUAGAUAUUAUAGACAACAGAAAUGUGACAACCAUCUCUUGUCCAAGUGGACGGAAAGUUUAUCAGGUGAUCGGGACAUCGGGGACCCCAUACAUAUGUCUACCAUCAGGCUCCUACUGCUCCUGUCCAGCUUACAGAUACUCAGUUUUGUUGAAAGACGACCACUUGAUGUGUAAACAUGUGCUUGCCAUAAAACUCGCAGAAGCCAUGGAUUUGUCCAAGUCUCAACAAGUGACAGAUCUCGAGAUGACCAAUCUCAUUAAGAACCUGGAAUAACCUGAUUAUUACCAGCUGUCAUUAAUACGUCAAAUUGGUUUCACUUGUUAUAAAACUGUUCAAUUUUUUUUUACUUUCAAGUAUCUAUUUGCCACUAAAAAAUUAGAUCAUUGUUGAAUCACGUGUUGUUUCAUCCCUUAAAGAAGGCAUUACUCAGGAUAUGACGGCAGUCUAGUAUGUUUCAUGUACCUGGUAGUCGUUUUGUCAUCGAAUCUUUUUACUGAUAAACUACCGGUAUCCAUAAAAAAAAAAAACACUUGAGUCAUCUUUCAAAUAAAGUAACCCAAGGAAAGGAUAAAUUUCCUUUUUAGAACAAUUUUGUCAUUGAAUGAAACAAUGAAGUAGUAUAUUUAUAUGAUUGUAUAUAUAAGAUUAGGUGUGUUGUAAUGAAAGAGGAAGGGGAAUCCAAUGAAUCAACAAUUAAGUUCUGAUACAUCUAAGAAUCCAUGCACGUAUGAACUCAAAUUUGCCAGUGACUUUUCUAUUCUUUUUAUGCAGAUCAGACAUUAAUAAGCAAGAACAUUAUUUUAAAAACAAGUUUAUUUAUUAGCAAAUUAUGCAAAAACAAAUUACAUCAUGUUCCACUGACUAGACUCCAUAUAAACAUAAGUUGCUUCAUCAACACCUUAACAAAUGUGUCUCUCUCUCUCUCUUUCUCACUCAAUCUUUACAAUGAAGCUUGCGCAACACAAGUACAACAGGCUUCUUAAAACCCCACAUUGUAUUAUCCAUUAUAAUCGUGAAUUAUAACAAAUACAUGUAUUUCACUGCAUAACAGUCUAAAAUGAAGACAAUCAUUUUGGAAAAUCUACUUUUUCUUCUUCUUUUUUUAUCAUUAUAAUUUUCCUCUUUAAUAACCCCCUUCCCCUAAUAAUAAGCCCCGAAAGAUGAAGUUCUUAUAAACACUUUAAAUUGUCAGAAGUUGCAUAAAUUAUUGUUAACCAAUGAUUUUGUAAUAUCUAUGAAUACAUCCCUCCUAAAAUUCUUAUAUAUCCUUUAUAAAACAGUUAACAAGUAUAAUAAUGCAUGAAUAACAAAUUGCUGUGACAUUUUGUGUAAAACCUUGGGAGAUCAAGAGAUUUGCGUAAGAAUGAAUGCACAUGUAUAUAUAUAUAUAAUAACUAUACAAAAUUUGUGUACACAUUUUUUUUGCCUUCACAAAAUGCUGGUUACAAUAGCAAAACAACCAAAAGUGUUUGGCCAUUUCAAUUAUAUUUUUCACUCUACGUACAUUGUCUACUGUGGAAUCAUCAUUGUUCGUGGGGGACAAAUGUUUGUGGCUUUUGUGGGUAACCAUUGCCCAUGAACUGACAUCCCCACGAACCUAUACACAAUCAUUUACUUAAUAUUUAUUAAAAUUAUCCCAAUGGUACACUACCAACGAAAUUACAUCUCUACAAACUAGGAAAAUUUUUGGCUACAUUGGCCCCCAGGAAUUAAAAUGAUUCCACAGUAUUAGUGAAAUAAAAUGUCACUAUAAAUUUGAGAGAAAGAGUAUAAAUAUUUUGUUAGUUUUCAAAAAAAAAGUGAGCAACACAAAAUAGAUAUACCAUUAAUCAAAAGGAAAUUUAAAAAAAACUUAUACCCGAACCGCAGAAAAUCAAGAAGCAUGAAAUUAACAUGGGAGAAGUUAUUAUGAGUGGUCUUGGAGCAAACUAAUACAUGUGUUAUACUACAUGUACAGGCAGUUGUAGACACAAUGUAUUCAUAUAGGAUACUGAAAACACAAAUCAUGUGUUCAUCUACACUGUCUGUGUGUGUGUGUGUGUGGGGGGGGGGGGGGGGGGGGGAAUACUGAUUAUCCUGGAAUAUUAAAUAGAAAAACAAAUGGAUAAAUGGAUUAGGACCUAUCUUGGGUGGUUUCAGAUUUUUCCCUUAACAUAUCAAUAGAUUUCAAGUAAUUUAAAGGACAUCAUACUAUAGAAAUGAGCUUAAAAUUGAUCUGGAUUUCAAUGCUGUGAAUUUUUUUUUUUUUUUGUGUUUUAAAUACUCAACAUACAUUACAAGUACUGUACCGGUGAACAAAGUCCUCAUUUAUUCAAAAAUUAACAUGAGGUGAACGGCAUUCCCCUUUUAGUGUCUAGAUUAGUGUUGGCAUAUGGCCUAAUACUCAUAAAUAGGAAGAAAAAAUAAUACUGAAUACAUAUGUACAUUUUGUCGUAGACAUUGUUAAACCUCUCUAUAUAUACAUGUAUAUACUGGGACUAAAAGAUACAUAACACUAAGUAAUUGAUUGCCACCUGAAACCAUCAAUCCAAAACUAUUAUUUACAAUAUGAAAACAACACACUUAAUAACAGCCAACCUUAAAUAGUUGUACACAGUAUACAAAGAAAUGAGCAAACUUCAUAAAAAUCCAGAGCUAUUCACCAUAUGUGAAUUAAAAAAAUAAAAAGACAACUUGCAAGCCUUUCUCACCAUUUUUAAAUGGAUAAUAUUAAAUAGAUGAAUACAUAAGCAUUUAAUAUGAAGUUGCAAUUUAAGAGAUUUUAAUUUCAAGAGAUACAAACAGCCCUUUUCUGGCUUGUAUACCUCUGCAAAUUCAGACUUGCAUAUGAUGACAAAAAGAAUACCCUUUCUGCAACAAAAUUUUCCAAGUACUUUAUGAAAUGUUUAUUUUCUGACAUUUGUAGUUUUGAAUUUCCAAGUUAUAUUCAUUGAUUUUCCAUUUCAUUAAAGUAUCAUGUACAGGUACAACCUCUCUUUUAAAAUGUAAAAUCCAUACAAUCCAUUUACAGAUUACUUUCCCACUCUUAUUUUGGACUAUCAAGAAUAUAAAUCCUUCACGCACCACAUUGCAUUUGCUUAUACACAUGUACAACACAAGGACUAACACCAAGAAAAACCAUGUCAGUUCAUAACCUCAUGAAAACAUUCACAUUGGUAAGAUUCUCCAUAACAUUACAUUUUCUUGUACAUGGCAAGGAUAUGCGAUUUUCAUCUCUUUGGAGUAAUAAUUUGAUUGACAUUACAAGAGACAAUUUUUUUUCCUUUAAGCUUUUAAACAUCAAGUCUUUGGGGGAACUACAGAGAGUAGCUGUAAGAUGACAUAGCAUGACUUUCAUAGGCUUCAUUAUUCCAAUAUUUUCCUUCCUAUUAACAUAAAUAUUGCAGAUAUGCACGAUAACACUACAAAGAAGCUUUUUUU